AUGUCGCCGGAGGCUUUUGCCAGCAAGGAAAUCUGCGACAUGUUCAUGGACAGGAUCUUUAGUAAUUUUGGAAGAAAGAACGAUGAUGCUGCAAAGGUGGUAGUGGAGGAUGAUGUUGCAGAGGUGGUAGUGGUUGAUGAUGUUGCAGAGGUGGUAGUGGACGAUGGUACUGGGGCUAGUGAUGACAAUAAUGGAUGUCCGAUUUGUUUGGAGGAGAUGAUGAAGACGGGAAAGGAAGUGAAACUUGUGGCCUGCGAGACGUGUCAGAGUGUGGUUCAUGAACGGUGCUUCGUCGAGUGGAAGAAAACCAAAGAGAACAAGGCAUCACUUACGUGUGUCAUUUGUAGAGCUCCAUGGAAGAGCAAUCAAAAUCUCGAUGGUUCUGUUAUUGACUCUGCAAAUGUUUGA